AAGGUUCCGGUGACCGGGCUGUUGCCUCCAGACCGCUCCGGGAGAGGACGACCGAAAACUGAACGGCGACGGCAGAGCAGCCAAUGAACGGAAACGGUGCGUGGUGACGCAACAGGGGCCCGUAGAUAAGGAGCGUAGAGUCCAACCGGGACCUGAGAAGGAGGACCGGCGGUUUUGGGGUCCAGCGGACUCAGAGAUCAGACCAGCAGCUCCUCCUCUUCUGGUGUCAUGACUCCUAAAAGACCGAACGGAACCAGAGUUCUGAUGAGCUCUCGGCUGAGCGGCGGGACUGGAGGCCGCGUGUGAACUAGACUCCUUCAGGAUCUAGUUUCUGUCUUUUGACUUUGAUUUUCCUGCUGAACUGUUUGAGCAACAGAAACAGCAGAGCUGCUGCUCUGAGCAUCAUCGGACCGCUGCUCUCCGAGCUCCAGAACCUCGCUGCUCCAGACUGAAAACAAAGUGGAGAAUUUAGUCCGAACCGCGCUGAGAUCCGGUGAGGAGGAGGUUCCGCCGCCGACGCUCGCGCACCGGCAGCUUUCAGACCGGGUAUGUUUGUUCCUCCUGAACGGACCAGCUGACGACCAGAAGAUUUCCCAUCACACCUGAGAGAAACCCGGAUCCCGCAGGAGAAACGGAACAUACCCAAAUCCGAGCUGAGUGAUGAUGAGAGCUGCAGGGGUUCGGGUUCGGGUCGCCUCUGGCAGAUGAGACGCAGAGAGGAGAACACGUGUCCAGGUUUUGCUCCUCGCUGAUCUGGGAUUCUCACCUGCAGUCGAGGGAACAGCGAACAUUGACGCGUGUUUUGUGCGUGAGCGCGCGGGCUGGUCGCCUCUGAUGGACAUCCUGACCCACAGAACCGAAGAGAACAGCUACAACAUCCUCCCCUCCGCCGCCACCAUGCUCUUCCACGGCCUUCCCGGCGGCGACGUGCACGGUGUGGUGGAGGAGCUGGACCGGAGAGGGAAGGGCGAGUCGGCGGCCAUCAGCUCCGCCAUCGACAUGGGGGAGUCAGAGACGUCCCUGCCGUGCAUGAGCAGCGAGCGCGUGGCCCUUUGCGCCGGCUGCGGCAGGAAGAUCUCGGACCGGUACUACCUGCUGGCCGUGGACAAGCAGUGGCACAUGCGCUGCCUGAAGUGCUGCGAGUGUAAACUCCACCUGGAGUCCGAACUCACCUGCUUCAGCAAGGACGGCAGCAUCUACUGCAAGGAGGAUUACUACAGAUUUUCGGUGCAGAGAUGCGCGCGGUGCCAUCUGGGGAUCUCGGCCUCGGAGAUGGUGAUGCGGGCCCGGGACCUGGUCUACCACCUGAACUGCUUCACCUGCACCACCUGCAGCAAGAUGCUGACCACCGGAGACCACUUCGGCAUGAAGGACAGUCUGGUCUACUGCCGCCUGCACUUUGAGACUCUGAUCCAGGGAGAAUACCAGACUCAUUUUAACCACGCCGACGUGGCCCCGCACAAGGGCCUGGGUCCGGCCAACGCGCUCGGACUAUCCUACUUCAACGGCGUGGGGACGGUGCAGAAAGGGCGGCCUAGGAAGCGGAAGAGCCCGGGGCCCGGGGCCGAGCUGGCUGCAUAUAACGCCGCGCUGAGCUGUAACGAGAAUGACGGCGAGUCUAUGGACCGGGACUCCCAGUACAGCUCCAGUCAGAAGACCAAGCGUAUGCGGACCUCCUUUAAGCACCACCAGCUGCGGACAAUGAAGUCCUACUUUGCUAUCAACCACAAUCCAGACGCCAAGGACCUGAAGCAGCUUGCACAGAAAACCGGACUCACCAAGCGGGUCCUACAGGUCUGGUUCCAGAAUGCUCGAGCAAAGUUCAGGAGGAACCUGCUGCGACAGGAGAACACCGGGGUGGACAAAGCAUCUGAUGGCUCCACAAUGCAGGGUGGGACGCCCUCAGGCCCAGCUUCUGAGAUCUCCAACGCCUCCAUGAGCCCCUCCAGCACCCCCACCACCCUAACGGACCUGACGAACCCCACCAUGCCCACUGUCACAUCUGUCCUCACCUCGGUGCCUGGCGGCAUGGACGUCCACGAGUGCCGAAGCCCCUCACAGACCACACUGACAAGCCUCUUCUGAUGGUUGGAACGCUAACCCUGCCCCCUCACACACACACACACACACACACACACACACACACACACACACACACACACACACACACACACACACACACACACACACACACACACACACACACACACACACGCCUGAGCACUGUUUACACCUUCAGACGUUAAACUGAUCUGAGAACAGGAAGGUCCUGUACUCUGGUCAUGGGCUAGACGCGGCUCAGCCUCACAAACAAACUCUUGUUGUUCUUUUGAUGUUGUCUUGUUGAGAACUGAGGACACAUGAAUUGUGUUUUUUUAAUGUUUACAAAGAGAGACAGAAAAAGAUUAAUUUUGGGGAAAUUCCUUUUUUCCAGCACAGUAUUUAUGUUGUUGUACGAGAGUCACUGUUAGCAGGACUGUAAAGAAUUCUCCUUCUGUUGCUUUUUUUUUUUAAAUCUGAGAUUAAACAGGUUCAAAUAUA